AUGCUUUGUUACCGUGCAGUGUUACCGUACCGAGUUACGGUAUGGAUUUAUGGACGUUGACAUAAGUUACAUUAAAAUAAUUUUCGGAAUGUAGUUUGGCUUUUGAACUUGAUGUUUUUCUUGCGUUCAAACUUUCCGACAGCCAGCGAAGGCAUCAUCCUGCGGCUGGACGGGAGCGUCCAGGCUGGGGAGGCAGGACGCCACCGGGACGUCCGUUGACCGUCAACAUGUCCGCCGUGAACAGCUGGCGUCGAGAGCCGCAUUAAAAAGGUGCGUGCGCGCCAUUGGCUGAACAUCUGGUGCGCGUCUCCGCCUCUUGUCAUUCAGGCGCGCGGGUGCGUAUACGAUGGGACUGCCCCCACUCGGCGCCUCCACAACAAUGGAAGGAUUGCACGCGUAGCUCCAUUUUAUUUCCGUGCAAACCUUUGGGGUUUAACCAUCCCGGUGAAAAUGGCGACGGGGGCAGGCUGGCAGCCCGCGUACAGCACCUCGACGAACAGUAGCAGCAGCAGCAGCAGCAGCGCCAAAUACAUCCCAUCGUCAACGUCCGGCAUGUUCUACGACGGGAGCCUAACGCUGGAAUACACGCAGGAUCUUCAUCUGAAGAUGAGUAAGAAAAUCGCCCAGCUGACCAAGGUUAUUUAUGCUCUCAACACCAAGAACGAUGAGCAUGAAGAGGAGAUCGAGUCUCUGAAGGAAGCCCACGAGGAUGAGGUGCAGCACAUUGUGACUGAAACCAGAGACAAGAUCAUGCAGUACAAGAGCAAGAUGGCGGACGAGGCUGACCUGCGGCGGCGGCUGGCCAGUCUGGAGGAAUCCGUGGAACUCCACGAGCACAUGAAGAGACAGGCUCUUGCAGAGUUUGAGAUGUACAGACAGAGAAUGGAGGAUUCACAGCUCUGCACCGAAGCCCAACACACACAGCGAGUGGUUUCCAUGAGCAGAGAGGUGGAGGAGAUGCGUCGGGAUUUUGAGGAGAAGCUGCGGGCGUUCAGCCAAGCGCAGGCCCAGUUUGAGGCGGAUAAGCGGCGGGCGCUGGAGGAGCUGAGGUCCAACCACCGCCAGGAGGUGGAGGAUCUUCUAAGCAGCCAACAGAACCAGAGCGCCACCUCCACCGAAGACCAGGAGAAACUGGCCGACCUCCAUAGACAAGAGGUGGAGUCUCUGAUGGAGAGGGUGGAAGAGCUGACCAAGGAUAAGGUCCGGGUAGUGGAGGAAUACGAAGCCAAGUUGGCCAAGGCUCAGGAGUACUAUGAACGAGAGCUGGAGGCCAUGACCAGAACACACCAGCUCACCACAGAAAACCUGCUUGCCUGGAAAAGGACCGAGGUCGAGCUUCGGAAGGAGUUCCAAGCGCAGGAGGCAGCGCUGCAGCGCUCCCUAUCCAAGCUGAGGAGCGAGCUUCAGAGAGCCCAGGAGGAGGCACGUGAAAACCGGGACAAGACCAACAGACUGCAGACGUCUCUGGUCAACGCUGAGGGAACCAUUAAGAACCUGCACAAGCAGCUGGAAGAAGCCAUGCAGGACGGCGAGAUCUGGGUGAUGCAGCUGAAGGACACCGAGUAUGAGCUGGAGGGUUGCAGGGAACGAGUGCAGCAGCAGGCAACAGAGAUCCUUCACAAAGCGAGUCAGAUCGGCUCCCUGCAGGCCACCCAGAUGGCUCACGAGGCUUCCAUCAGGAACCUAGACCAAGAGCAGAGCCGUCUGAAGGAGAAGAUCGGCAGGCUGGAGCAGGAAAGGGAGGCCCUGCUCAACCAGAACCAAGCGGCCAGUGAACAGCACAAACAGCAAGUGCUAAAACUGGAGCAGUCAUUGCGUGAGGAGCACCAGGGCUACGAGAAGGAGCUCUCCAGACUGAGGGCUCACUACGAGGAGGAGACGCGGCGCUACAAGGAGGCCCAGAUCAGGGCGUUAGAGGAGAUGGAGGAGAAGCACCGGGCCAUGCGGGAGGAGGUUCAACAGGAGAAAGAGGAGGAGAAGAAGCUUCUCAUGAUGAAAAUGAGUCAGGAGUUUGAGAUAAAGCGUCUGUCUCUGGAGGAGCAGCGAGACAGAGUGCAGCAGCAACUGGACAACCUGAAAGAGGAGCUCUCUGCCAAACUCAACAUGGCCAAUCAGGAGGUGUCACACCUCCAAGAGCUGCUAAGGGAGCGGGACCAGAACGUCAGCUCAGCGCAGAACCAGAUCACAUGCUUGAAGGACACACAGGAGAAGCUCAAGAUCGAACUCGACGCCACCAGAGCCCGGGUCAGAGAGACCAGCAACCUUCUCACCGACCUACAGGAGGAGAUUGAGACGCAGAAACAACAGCAUGAGGCCAGAGUGAUGUCCAUCCGAACAGAGGAGAAGCAGAAGAUGGACAAGAUGGCGGACAACUUGGACCAAAAAUGGAGAGAUGCCCUUCGUGAAGAAGUGCGGCUGCUGAGGGAGGAGCUGAGCGAGGAGUACGACGCUGACAAGCAGGCGGCGCUGACUCAGCUCUCCCAGCAGAAGGAGCUGGAAAUGAUGGCCGCCAGGGAGGGCUGGCAGAGGAAGGUGGAGGACCUGCUUGAACAGAUCUCUCUGCUGAAACAGUCGCUGGAAUUGCAGCUAUCUCAGUCGCAGGCGGCCCUGCAGCAGCUGCAGUCUCAGUUCAGCCAAGAGAGGGAGCUGCUGAGCCAGCAGCUCAAAGAGAUGCAGAGGGAACAUCAGAGGAGAGAACAUCGACUACAAGAGGCUCACUGCUGCGCACUGAGCACCAUGGAGGAGGCCCGGCAGCACCAGAUCCGGGCACUGGAGGAGCGUCUGAAGCAGGAGCAGAGAGAGGAGGUUCAUGCUCUGAAGGAGGCCCACAGGAGGACAUUGGACAUCCUCAGACAGCAAUCAGACCAGGAGCUCCAGACGCUGAGAUUUGAACUGGAAGACGAGGGCAAAGCCAAACUGGCGUCCCUUCGUGCCGAGCUAAACCACCUCCACGCCACAGCCAUCGAGCACCUGAAGCAGAUCCACAUGAAAGAAAACUCUUCCGCCAAACGAGAGCUCGAGAAGGCCAUGGAGCAUAGCCACCAGCAGGAACAAGAGCUGCUGGUUCGUAUCUCGGACCUGCAGGCGGAGAUGUGCUCCCGAAGCAACCGCAUCACAGAUCUGGACCACGAGAUCCACUCGUUGAAUGAGACCAUUGACACCCUGACCCGAGAGCUGGAGCUGAAGGGCAAAGAGGUGCUUCGGGUGCGCAGUGAAGCUAAUCAUCAGAUUAGGGCUCACGAACAAGACUUUGCAAAGAGGCACGAGCGGGAGAUGGGGGAGCUCAGCGUGGUCCAUCACAGAGAGACUCAGAUCAUGUUGGCUGACUUCAACAAGGCCCAGGAGGUUCUCAAAGACAAGAUCUCCGCUUUGCAAAUCCUGCUGGAGGGUACCGAGGAGAAGUUGAGGAACAGAGAGAGCCGACCUGAAGAUCUGCAUCUUAUUGCGGAGCUCCGUGAGAUGGUCACAGAGAGGGAGGCUCUGGUCAAAAAGCUGGUGGAUGACAAAAAGUUCUACCAGCUGGAGUUAGUCAACAGGGAGACCGGCUUCAGCAAGGUCUUCAACUCCAGCGCCAAUGUAGGAGUCAUCAACCCGCUGAUCAAGUUAAAACCAGGCAGCCAAUCAGAUCAACGCUUGGCCCGCUUUCCUAGCCAGUCAGCUCUCCGAUUCGUCAGCCCUCCCGCCGUGAGUCGUGCAAGCGAGGAAGAGGAGGGACUGGAGGUGGAGGAGGUAGGACCGGGAGGCCGAUCAGCGCCUCCUCACUCCCCCCUCCGACGUACCCUCCCCCGUCUUAAGAAAUCUCAGCCGGCCCUGCGCCCUCUCCCUCACCUGCCUCAGCAUCCGCCACCGCUUCCUCUUCAUCCCCCGCCCAAUCAUGCUGUCGCUCAUACUCCUCAUCCUCAGGAGCCGCAGCAUCAGGCAAGUUGUAGGAGGUGAGAAACCAUGUGACUCGCUGCCACGGCGGCCUUGAGAUGACGCGGCAGCCGUGCUUGCUGCCCCCACUGUCACCGUCACCCUCCAACCUCCCCUUUUAGUUCUGCUCACGACCGCCCUCACCCCUCCAACCCAUUGCUCCCUUACCCGCUCACCCCAAACGCUAUUUUUGGCAAAUUGACAUUUUUAGGUCUUUUUUUCCCCUCAGAAGAAGUCAGCUAAUUUUUGUUGCACGACUCUUUAAAUGAGAACGCAUCCAUUCUCAAACCUUCAGCCGUUUGAGUUUACAAUGACCGUAUUUUGCGGACUAUAAGUCACACUUUGUUUUCAUAGUUUGGCUGAUUCUCCAAAUUACAGUCAACUCAUACUGAAGGAGGAAACAUGAACCGACGACAACCCCGAGAGGGCGCUGUAAGCUUGGGAUAAAUAUAUGCUGCUCCAGCCAUUCAGUGAUGUAGGAAGAGAUCAGGAGCUUGGUGAAAUUGCUUCCCGGUAACUUGCUUGUUCUCGCUGGCGUGUUAUGUGAAUUUAUGUUCACCCGCAUUCACUCCUUGAGCCUAUAGUGGAGAGAAACAACUCUUUAUGUAUAAGAAUAAAGACGUACAUUUACAACUUUAUUCUCGUAAUAUUACGCUUUUUUUCUCAUAAAUUUACGAUUUUAAUAUUGCGCCACUUCUAGGAAAUGUAUGACAUUAUUCUCGUAACAUUACGCCUUUUUUCUCGAAAAUGUAAGACUUUAUUCUCGUAAUAUUACACCUUUUUUUUCAUAAACUAACAACUUUAUUCUUGGAAUAUUACACCUUUUUUUUUGUAAACUAACAACUUUAUUCUUGGAAUAUUAUGCCUUUUUUCUCGUAAACCUACCACUUUAUUCUCGUAAUAUCACAACUUUUUUUCUCAUAAAUUUACGCCUUUUUUCUCAAAAAUGUACGACUUUAUUCUUGAAAAUGUACGACUUUAUUCUCAUAAAAUUACACCAUUUCUAGGAAAUGUACGACUUUGUUCUCAUAAUAUUACACCUUUUUUCUUGAAAAUGUACGACUUUAUUCUCAUAAUAUCAAAAGGUUUGGUCUCAUAAACCUACGACUUUAAUCUUGAAAACUUUAUUCACUUUAUUCACUUAAUAUUGUGCCAUUUCUAGGGAAUGUACGACUUUGUUCUCGUAAUAUUACAGGUUUUUGUGUCGUAAAUUGACAUAACUAUCCGCCACAAGUGAACGGAUUACUUUUGUUAUGGAUAAGGCGUCUUACCGCUGAGCUGGUUUGUCCAUCCUGGAAUGAAUAAAGAUGAAAGUUGCAUCUCUGCGUGUAGUUUGAGACGUGAUCACGUCGUCGUGUGCCAUAGCCGCGGGGCAGCAAGAGCGAAUCAGGAGGGGGUCACAAGGAUGGCGUUUAUGCGAUGGACCCAAACUACCUUCGUGAUCGACCGGUAGCUCGCGAUGGACGUAAUAGGUACCCCUGGUGUGGUUGAAUUACGUCUAACGUUCUGCUACGUUAACGUCACAUCACGUGAUACUGUCAUGGCGACUUACAGUUUAGUCGGUAAAAUAUGGCCAUUAUUUUAGUGUUAAAAGUGUGAAGAAGCAGGAUGGAGAUGUUGUUCCUCAAAUGCACAUUCAGUAAGAAAAACCACAGUUUGUACUCGUGAUGCUCCUACAGCACAUUUUCAUCCCCCUACCAGAUAACCACUUGAGACGGCAUCAAAUCCCAGUCUGCUUUUCGUUGCUAUAAAAAGAGGCCACUUUUACUGCGACUUAGCAUUCAAAGCAACUCCCAAAAAAAAAGAAGUGCCGGCUGCAAAUGUGAGACUGUCGAGAUAACGCUGCUGUGCUUUUGUUCUCUCAGCGAGUGGGCUGACGGAUGACCUCUAUGGAAACCCUGCAGGAGAAAAAUAAGAUGUUUUUGUUACUUACGGCAACAAAUGUCUAGAAAACCAAAAAUCUUCAACAGGUUUUCUAAGUACAUUUGCCAGACCGGCUUAAAUGUCGUGUGGAGAUGUUGUUUCUAAAUGUGCUUUUGUGGCGUGUGUGUGUUUGUCUGGCAUGUUGGUGGUUUUCCUGAAGGUAAAACUGUGUCAGAAUGCAAAUGUGAGGUCCUGCACCCCCUCUGAGCAUGCUCGGCACGUACCGUGGUACCUCUGAUACGCUUCACACGCUCAAGACUCGCUGGAGAUGAUGCGUGCAUGUCUGUUGGGGAUAUUUGCCACAUCAGAGUGUUACUGCCUCGGCCCUUCGACUCAUUUUAACCAAUGUUUCUAUUCCCUCCCUCAGCCUUCAUGAGGCAAACGCGCCACCAUCAGACCCCAAGGCAAUGGAGGCAGGAAAAAGCAAAGUUUACAUUGCAAAAACACAGGAGCUGUACGCUCGCUACUUCUCUUUCUGACGGGCAAAACUGCCAUUCUGUUUAAAGAGGACGCAAUGAGACAGAUAACUACGUUUGGAUUUUGCGAGGGUAGCAGGAAGUGUAACGUAAUCGCCGUCGGUGGAGCCUCGUUCAUAUUUGGCAUCACCACAAAAAAUGCAUGGUUGCAUGGCACGAGAGAAUGUUUCUCCUCAUUCUGUUAUGACAACGGGGUCGACAUGUCGGAUUGUUGUUGACUGUAGCGUAGUUCCGGCUUCCUCUUGCCAAGUUUAGCUAGCUGUCCCAUUGCGGUGACCUCUGACCUCACUGUGAGACAAGCGGACAUUUUUCAUCCUCCUAAUCUUCUUCACAAGCAACUGCUUUUCUUUGCUCUGUCAUCAGACGAGAGACACCUGGAGGAGUUCUAUUGGAUUUAAUGUACACAUUGGGGGGGGCCAUAAAUACACGGUCAGGUUGGACGAUUUGACUUGACAUUUUUCAAGAUCAUUGGAUGAUUUUGUGAACUUCUUGAUCAUGAUUGCAGUUAGAAAAAACAAUAACAAACUUACAUUUACGACUCUGUUCUCAAAAUGUACAACUUUAUUCUCGCAAUAUUGUGAGUUUUUUCUCCUAAAUUUACAACUUUAUUCUUGUAAUAUUAUACGUUUUUGUCUCGUAAAUUUACCACUUUAUUUUCGUAAUAUUAUGCCUUUUUUCUCGUGAAUUUAUGACUUUAUUCUCAGAAUCGUACACCUUUUUUCUCAUAAAUGUACAACUUUAUUCUUGUAAUUUUACGCCUUUUUUCUCAUAAAUUUACAACUUUAGUUUAGUAAAUUUACCACUUUAUCCUCAUAACAUUACGAGUUUUUGUCUUGUAAAUGUACGACUUUAUUUUUGUAAUAUUACGAGUUUUUGUCUCGUAAAUUUACCAGUUUAUUUUCAUAAUAUUAUGCCUUUUUUCUCAUGAAUGUACAACUUUAUUCUUGUAAAUUUAAGACUUUAUUCGUGUAAUAUUACGCCUUUUUUCUCAUAAAUUUACGACUUUAGUUUAGUAAAUUUAUGACUUUAUUCUCGUAAUAUUACAAGUUUUUUCUUGUAAAUUUACCACUUUAUUCUCGUAAUGUUACACCUUUUUCUCGUAAAUUUACAACUUUAUUCUUGUCAAUUUAUGAUUUUAUUGUUGUAAUAUUAUGAGGUUUUGUCUUGUAAAUUUACAACUUUAUUCUUGAAAAUUUCCGGCUUUAUUUGUGUAAUAUUAUGAGUUUUUUCUCAUGAAUUUUAAGUUUAUCCUUGUAAUAUUACAGGGUCAGGCAAAAUGAUCUGACACAUUUGUAGGUUAAAUAAAAGACAAAUAAAGUCAAGAAACAAGAAAGUGUUUUUAUUUUGGAAAAGUACAUAUAAUGCCAUUCUGUUUCAUUAUGUUUUAAAAAUGAAAUCAGUCAAAUGGGAUCCAUUAUUGUCCACACACUCAAUGCAGAUCCAGUCGCUGUGAAGUUGGUGACCAUAAGAAGAUGGCGUUUGGAGCUGGUAGGGAUCAUGUCUACCAAGAUUGACGUGCACACGGAACGCUCGUUGUGUUGCAGUUACAGAUUCCUUUGUUUGAUAAACGUUUCCACAAUGAAAGCGCGAUGCUCACCAGUCCAAUUCAUGGCAGCAACUGAAAAUGAAACCAAAAACAAUGGCAUUAGAAAGAAACAAAGCAAAAUGGCAUUAUAUGUACUAAAAUAAAAACACUUUUUUGUUUCUUGACUUUAUUUGCCUUUUAUUUAACUUACAAAUGUGUCAGAUCAUUUUGCCUGACCCUGUAUAUUUUUUGUCUUGUAAGUUUACCACUUUAUUUUUGUAAUAUUACGCCUUUUUUUCUCGUAAAUUUACGACUUCAGUUUCGUAAAUUUAUGACUUUAUUCUCGUAAUAUUACGAGUUUUUGUCUUGUAAAUUUACCACUUUAUUCUUGUAAUAUUAUGCCUUUUUUCUCCUAAAUUUACUAGUAUAUUCUUGUAAAUGUAUGACUUUACUCUCAUAAUAUUACAAGCUUUUGUCUCGUAAAUUUACGACUUUAUUCUCGGAAUAUUAGGCUUUUUUUCUUGUAAAUUUGCGACUUUAUUUUGAUAAAUUUAUGACUUUAUUCUCGUAAUAUUACACCUUUUUUUGUGUAAAUUUACGAAUUUAUUCUUGUAAUUUUACAACUUUUUCUCGUAGAUUUGCAGCUUUAUUCUUGUAAUAUUACACCUCUUUUCUCGUGAAUUUAUGACUAUUUUUGGAAUAUUACACCUUUUUUCUUGUCAAUUUUCUACUUUAUUCUUGUCAAUUUCUGACUUUAUUCUCUAAUAUUUUGAGUUUUUGUCUCGUAGAUUUACGAGCAUGUACUCGGAAUAUUGCGCCUUUUUCUCGAAAAUUAUGACCUUACUCUCGUAAAUGUAGGCUUUAUUCUCGCAAUAUUGUGAGUUUUUCCUUGUAAAUUUAUGAUUUUAUUCUUGAAAUAUGAUGAGUUUUGUCUCGUGAAUUUACGACUUAACUCUUGGAAAUUUUCAACUUUAUUCUCGUUAUAUUUUUUCUUGUAAAUUUACGAGUAUAUUCUCGUUAUAUUACAAGUUUUUUCUCAUAAAUUAUUCCCGAAAUCUCGGAUUGUUUCUUUUUUUGUCAAUGUGGCCCAAAUACGCCGUCGUACUACUGAGUGAGUUUGGGACCCCUGAAAUAUCCCUUUUUUUUCGCUGCGCUUGCAAACUUUGGCGAGUUUUCGUGCAUGUCGAGGCCCCCCAAAAAAUGCAAGGAAACUGAAUAAUAAUGAACAAAAUGUAGCUAAUACAAUUUAGUAUUGAAUUACUUACAAUUGUUGGAGCAAAAUCAAUGAAAGGUGACUCGGUCUGAUGACUUGCAAAUACUUGAUGUUUUCAGUGAGUGAAAUGUGUCCUCAUUGAAAGUGUUCACCCAAGGUGGUCGCUACGAUGUCAUUUCCAGCAAGACAACAUGUUUUCCCUUUCAAUCUGCCUCGAUAAAUGCAUGUUUUGUCUUGUCUUGACCUUGAUAUACGCUAGUAUGGGUUCAUUACCGAUCCUACCAUCGGUAUCGAUGUUACAGAUGUUUGGAUCGAUCCGCCCCCCCCCCGUGUGAAUUUCACUGAGGCGCAUGAAAGGGAGCAUUGAGCUUUCUUCGUGUCUCCAGAGCGUAGAGCCCAAACGCAAACGCAAACAUAAACACUCACAGGAUGCUGCAGUCUCGCACGCAAACGCUUUGUUUCUUUUACCGUCCUUUUAAAAACAACAACUACUUGAAAGUUUGCAUUAGCCAAUUUGGGAGUCUUAUUUAAGUGUGAAUGUCGCCGAUGUUCAGUGGUGUGUGCAGUCUCCAGUGCACGGUCAUCAUCUGCUUCGUUUGCCAUUCCCAAAAGCUCACACACACACACACACAAUGGCGUGUUGAAGGAGCGCCAGUUACCCUUAGCGACUUGCACACUGCAGCGAGCUUGGGCACUUCCUGUCCCACCAACCUUUAUUUUUCAUGCUUUAUGUUCACUUGGCUUUACUACGACGAGUAUUACGGCCACAUUGGGAAAAAGUAUAUAAUCGGAGAUUUCGAGAAUAAAGUUGUCCAUUUAUGAGAAAAAAUCGUAAUAUUAUGACUAGUAAAGUCAUAAUUUUACGAGAAAAUAAACUUGUAAAUUUAGGAGAAUAAAUUAGUAAAUUUACGAGAAAACACUUGUGACAUUGCAAGAAUAAAGUCGUCCAUUUAGGAGAAAAAUAUCGUAAUAUUACGAGAGUAAAGUCGUAAGUUUACGAGAAAAACAUUUACAUUACAAGUAUAAAGUUGUAAUUUUACCAAAAUAGUCAUACAUUUACGAGAAAAAAACUCACAUACAUUUACCAGAAUAAAGUUGUAAAUUUACCAGAAUAAAGUCAGAAACGUAUGAGAAAAAAAAUCUAAAUAUUAUUCUCGUAAUUUUAAGAUUUUUUUCUCGUACAUUUAUGACUUUAUUCUCGUAAUAUUAUGAGUUUGUUCUCCUAAUAUUACAAAGUUUUUUUCGUAAAUUAAUGUUUUUUUUCUCCUAACAUUACAAGUUUUUUUUUAAAUUUACCAGUUUAUUCUUGUAAUAUUACAAGUUUUUUCUGGUAAAUUUACAACUUUAUUAUUGUAAUAUUACUCUUUUUUUCUUGUAAAUGUAUGACUUUAUUCUCGUAAUAUUACUGUUUUUCUCCUAACAUUGCAAAUUUUUUUUCGUAAAUUUGCGACUUUAUUCUCGUAAAAUUACAAUGUUUUUUCUCAUAAAUUUGCAACUUUAUUCUCAUUAUUUUACGAGUUUUUUCCCGUAAAUUUCGUACUUUAUUCUCGUAAUAUUAUAAGUUUUUUCUCAUAACAUUACAGGGUUUUUUUCUCGUAAAUUUACCACUUUAUUCUCGUAAUAUUACCAGAUUUUUAUCAUAAAUUUGCAACUUUACUCUCAUAAUAUUACAAUUUUUGUCUCCUAACAUUACAAGUUUUUUCUCGCCAAUUUACGACUUUAUUCUGGGAAUCUCAUCUUAUUUGUUGUUUUCUCGGUGUGGCCCCAACACUGCGUCGUACUUUACCAGCACCAGCAACUGUAACCUCAUUGCCCGUCUUCUUCCACACUCCCAGAAGAACAAGUACCUUUCUUGGGAUGCUACUACGUGAGGCAUGCUGAUUUUUAGCCUUGACACUUGACUUUUGCACCUUUUCACCUUUUUUUGUCCCUUUAAAGGUGUACUGUAUGUUAGAAUCCAAUAAUUCCCCCUAUUUGGGGAGCAUUCACGUGGACUGCGGGGCUGAAACGGACACCUGCUGUAGCCCCCUUUCUGCACGUCUUCCAACUGGUGCAUGAUGUUGUCUUUGUCGUCAUCCUGUAGCGCCGUAGCAACACCAACGCUGGAAAGGAUGUGAUGGAGACGUGAAAACAGGAACAGGAUUACGGCUCUGAGAAUGUAUCUUUUCGAAUCGCACUCACGGUGGUUUUGGAGAGCCGUCCCGAGACCGCGCCCCCUCUUUUCUUUUUCUAUCAGUGCAACAAACCACGGAAGAUGCUAUUAUGUCGUGCACCCCCUACGUUGAACCACUGCUGGGUCAUUCCACCUUGCACACUGUGAUGAUCACACUGAGCUGUGAUGACUUGAUUUUUUAUUUUUUUGCAUUGAAUUGCACUUUAUUUUCACUUUCCAUGCGGGCGGUGUCAGCAGUUAAAGGGUUGUCCUGUGAGGACUGGUGGCCAGGAAGCACAUCCUAAGGGAAGGGAGACUUUUAAAGGAGCAUUCCAACGUUUUUGCACAUGUCAAUCGAUGUGACGCUCUUGUUGUGGUCUUAAAUUGUGAAUGUUUUCCAAAAAAAAAGAAACAUGCACAGACUUGGAAAGGUAUCCAAGGUAACUUUCAAUCACCUCUGAUGCUUUACGUCCUUUUCUCCCGAGCACUCGUUUAUUUGAUGCUGAUGGGUGCACUGAAGCGUCCAUCGUAAUCACACGUUUGCAUCGCCACUGAUGGCUGCCAGCAUCCUGCAGCCAGCACCCCGAGUGGGGGGGCGCUUCACGUGAAAAUGUAAUCACUUCCUCUUUAAUAUGAUACUUAUUUACCCCCCCCCCCAAGUACCCGAGUGUUUUUAAAUGUAUCAGCCCAGCAGGGGGUGUUUCUCACCACCUGUUAGAAUACUGCCACCAGGUGGCCGUCAGUGAACUGCAACUUCCUGAAAUGGGAGGGUGUUUUUUUCCAUGUUUGUGUCGUGCUCUAUAAAGUCCAGUCGCCGGCUCGGUUCUUCUUCACUUUCAACUCCGCCUCCUGUCACACAAACCGCAAAGAGGACGGCGGUUGGUCUUCGAGCUGAAAGUGGACCGACGGACUGUCGGACUUUGGUUUGUCUCGUCCUUUUUGAUGUAAAUGUAAAACGAUUAUAACAAUGUUUAUAUUUAUAUCAUUUCUGUUGUAUGUUAUCAGACAAUAAAAUGAUGGUUGUGAUGUUUGACGGACGGUUUUGUGCAUUUUUAGUCACAGGAAAGUUCUUAGCAACUAAAAUAAAAGCACUGUAAAUUAUUUGUAAGGCAGAAUGCAGCUUCAGUGGAGGAUUUGUGGCCCACAGAUCUUCUUUUAAUGGCCUGCGAUACAUUAUAAAAAUGUAUUUUUAAAAAACAGCAAUCAGCAAAAUUGUAAAAAAAACAAAAAAAAAAAAAAGUAAUUUUACACGAAUAAAGUCAAAAUAUUAAGAGGAAAAAGUCUAUCUCGGAAAAAGGCAUCAUUUUACGUAAAUUUACGUAAUUUUAGCAGCAUAAAAUAUAUUACUAUUAAAUUAAGAUUAAGAUUAUAUUAUUUAAUAUAUUAAAUAAAUAUAUUAAAGAAAAUAGAUAUAAAAGUUGGAUGCCUUAUUACAUCUAUUAUUUGAUGUAUUAUUACAUUAUUAUUCAUCCAUCCAUCUUCUACCACUUAUCCAAGGUCGGGUCGCGGGGGCAUCUGCCUAAGCAGGGAAGCCCAGAUUUCCCUCUCCCCACCCACUUCGUCCAGCUCCUCCCUAACACUAAACCCUAAACCCUAAACCCUAAACCCUAAACCCUAACCCAGCUCCAUCCCGAGGAGUUCCCAGGCCAGUUGAGAGACAUAUUCUCUCCCAUGUGUCCCCAAGGCCUUCUACUGGGCGGAUGUGCCCUGAAGGCAUCCUGACCAGAAGCCACCUCAUCUGGCUCCCCUCAAUGACGGAUGACAGUGCUUCUCACCUUAUCUCAAGACCACAGGUGAGGGUAAGAACGGAGAUGGACCGCUGAAUUGAGAGCUUUGUCUUUCGGCUCAGCUCCCUCUUCACCACACCGGACCGAUGCAGAGUCGAUUAGGUGGUCCGGUACCUCGUAUCCCCCACAGAAUUCCCCGGGUAACACGGUCGAAUGCCGUCUCCAAGUCCACAAAACACACGUAGACUGGUUGGUCAAACGCCGAUGCAACCUCCAGAACCCUGCCAAGAGUGUAGAGCUGGUCCACAGUUCCAGGACUAGGACGAAAACCACACUGCUCCUACUGAAUCCAAAAUUUCAUUAUCUGACGGAUCCUCUCCAGAACCCCUGAAUAGACCUUACCAGGCUUCUCAGCCUUCCUGGUGACUUUCUACCACAGUGAAAUGUUAUUUUUAAAACAAACAAGGAAUGCUUUGGUUUGGAGCUUGUUUUUGUCCCAUGGGGAAGUGGAUCUUACCUUUAUGGGGUACGUACUAACUUAAGUGUCACUGAACAACUUUACGUCGACCCUAAAACCCAAAGCCUAACCCCUAACCCUAGCCCCUAAAACCUA